UACAGUAAUCAGUAGUCUUGUUGCCGUCGUUUCGUGCGCACGCUUUGGCUUGACUUCGAUCGCUCUUCUCGGACGGUGUCUUUAAAUAAAUAGUAUAUUAUUUUGUAAAACACGACAGCUACUUAGACCCGUUAAAAUCUGUAGUGACAAUAAGUGCUACCGCUACGUAUAGUAAGACUUAACCGUGUCUGCGUACCUAAUAUCCGUAUUGUUUUCGUGUCGAAUGUGUUUACGUUUACUGUGUUUUUUUCAAAAACCUUUCGAAAGCUGAUAACAACAUUGCGGAAACGACGACGAUAAGUCGUCUAGUGGUGUAGAUCUCAUCGGUCAAUCGAACGAUUUCGAAACUAUCACACCGGUGUCUACUACUAUCGCACACGAUGAACCUGAUGUGCACCGAGUCACAGACGGCCUCCGAAGACAGGUGUUUCGCCGAGGACCGGACUAUUUUCCGGGAUGAGCGGGCUGUUAAGAAGUUGUUGGAGACCGAGUCACAGUACGUGCCCGGGUGUGAUUACAUGGCACACUCCCAUUCCAAUUUGCAACCAUUCAUGAGAAGGGUGGUGGCCACGUGGAUGUUGGACGUAUGCGAAGAACAAAGGUGUGAAGAUCAAGUGUUUCCAUUAUCUGUAAAUUUCCUGGACAGAUUUUUAUGCGCCUGUGACAUAUCUAAAACGCACUUGCAGCUCACUGGUGCUGUGUGUCUGUUAUUAGCAUCAAAAGUGCGACAAUGUACAGCACUUUCCAUCGAACUUUUGUGCUAUUACACAGAGAACAGUGUCACUCCAGAAGAGAUGAGGGAAUGGGAAUUGUUAGUUAUUUCUAAAUUAGAGUGGAGAAUUGUAGCCGUCACUAGUUUCGAUUACGUGGAUCAUAUUAUGGAACAAAUUAAAUGGAAAAGACGAAAUGAUUCGAUGCUCAGAAGGCAUAUGUUGACACUUAUCUCCUUCUGUUAUAUAGAACCCGAUUUCAUAGAGAAAAAACCGUCGGUGAUGGCGGCUUCGUGCAUGCUGUCGGCCAUCCGCGGAAUCGAUCCGUCCGCGGCCGCCGAGGUGGCGUCUGAGCUGUGCGUGCUGUUGGCGUGCAGCGCGGCCGAGGUGGACGAACACGUGUCGCUCAUCGACGCGCUGGUGGCCAGCACGACGGCCGCGGCCACGCCGGAAAAGUCGGAAAACAACAAUCCAGCUUCCGAGCCGCCGGUCAAAAAGCCAUACCGCGUGCAGGACUGCGGCUUGCACGGCGGCGGCGGCCAUCUGUAGUGCGGGUCCCUCGACCACGUGCGUACAAACGGCUGGCACGUUGUACGAUAUGUCCGAGUACAGGUAAAACGUGUCCCGUUGACGAUUUUUUUUUUUUUUUUUUUUGAAAUUUUUCCCUCCGUGUUCAUCCGCCACGAAGACGGUCGUCCGCGGCGGCGGUCGGGUGGAUCCUGUUCUCCGUUUCGGCGUGCGAUAUUAUAUUUUUAUAUCGAACAGUUGUUAUAAUACUUAUAUUAUGAUCAUUGUAAACUCAGCUGCGACGGCGAAGCGCAAAUAUCAUCAUACGCAAAGCGACCGUCGUUCGGUCAUAAUCAUAAUUAUUAUAUAAGAUAAUAUUUUGUUUUGUUUCUACCUCAUGUGAAAUAAUAUAUUAUUAUUGUACAAUAUUAUUAUUUUUAUUAUUAUAAUGUACAACUGCAGGUGUGUUAUAUAUUUUUUUAAUUUUUAUUUAUUUAUUUCCCUACUCGAUAAAAAAAAAAAAAAAAAAAAAAACUGUUGGAAAACGAAAUUAUUAAUUUUUUUUAUUAUCAUAAUAUUAUCAUCAUCAUUAAGUGAUUUACUUGUUUUUUUCUUUAAUUCAAUAAUCUUAUUGUAAUAAGUGAACUUUUCAUUUUUGGUUUUAUUAUGAUUAUUAUAUUAUUACGCUUUUUUCGUCUAUAGUGACGAUGACCACCACUCAAGCGAGUUCGCUAUCUUAUUUUGUUAAUUAAAUAUUAUUACUAUUAUUAUUAUUACAUACGUAGGUUAUAUUAUUAUGUGUUAAGUUAUAAUAUUAAAAGAAAAAUGUGAUAAAUAGUUUUAGAUAUUAUAAGUUCUCCGCAGGAGCUUAUAAUUCAUAGGGUUAAGUGAUUAUUAUCAAUAUUGUAUAACGAUAACAUUAUUCUUCUGUCUUUAGUGUUUAAGUUUUACGCCCCUUAUUGUUUAUUUUAUUUAAUUAUUAAUUAUUAUUACUAUUAUUAUUUUAUGUAUGAUCUCUCCUUAUAUGUAAACGAUAUGGAAAACGUUGUUUCAUUAGAAAAAAAAAAGAUCCAAAAAAAACUGAUUUGUACAUAAUAUUUUUUUUCUUAUUCAUUAGUUUUUUCCCCCGUUGAAGAAAUUGAAUAAUUAUUAAUCAUAAUAAAAAAUAUGGUCCUCCAAUCAUGUAAAAUAUAAUAUGAAUUUAUUCACACACUUAGUUAAAUAUUGUUAUAACAAUUUAAAUGUAGCGGAAAUUUUAUAGAUCUCUUGAACGUGGGCUAUUCAUAUUAUAAUUUAUAAUAAUAAUAAUAUUCGUAAAAUUAGUUUUGUUUUAUUAUUACUAGGUAUUUAAUAUUCUUUAUUUUUCUUUUCAAUACUAUAUUGUAGUCAUUCAGUAAGAUAAAUAUUAUUAUUCGAGUCAAAGUAGCUAAAUUAUUUACAUGUCAUGUUCUUGAUCUCCAAAAACACGUAUAGUAAAAUAUAUAUGAAAAGCAAAUUAUUUAAUUAAUAAGUAUAGGUAUCAAUCUUUAGUAAGAAUGUUAUUUUAUACCUAAAUAAAAUAAAAUAUACAAACGAGACUUAUAUAAACCGCAUUAUUUUUGUUUCUUCUGUUUUAAUAAUAUAGUACAAUACAAAUGAUCAUUUAAUUAAAUUAUUUUAAGUGCAUAAAUAUACAUCGUAAUAUAGUAAAUGCAAAGGGAUAUGGUUCAAUGAUCAUCAUUCGAGUUAUUUUGUUUUUGACGUACUCCCCGCUGAUACACCAUCCCUCAUUUGACCACAAUAGCAGUAACGCUAUUUUCAUUAGUAAUAAUAAUAUUAUUAUUAUUAUUAUUAUUAUUAUUAUUAUGUUUUUUAUUAUUAUAAAAAUUAUUAGUUACUUUGCAAUUAUUAUCAUCAUAAUAUUAUUACUUAGAAGUUAUACACAAGCCAUAUUAUUUUGUCUUUUUCUUUAUUUUUGAGGUAUAAAAAACAUUAUUAUUAUUAUUUUUUUUUUUCAUUAAUUUGAUUAAACGGCUUGACAAAUGGACGGCCCUAAUGUAUUUAUAAAUAUUUUUAUUAUUAUUAUUAUUAUUAUUAUUAUAUUACUAUUAUAAUAAAAUUAGUUUUAUAAUAUAUUAAUUGUAAUUUCUCACGAGUAGGCAACCGAUUCAACGGCACUGCGCUCGGAUACAGCUAUACAAACCAAAUCGAAAUGUCCCUAUUUUGGUCGUCAUCGAGCGAUCAUCCCUAAAUCUUCUUUUCCUCCUCACACACUUCCCCGUACUUUAUUGAUAAGUAUUAUAAUAAAGUAUGUAUACUAAUAGUAUAAUAUAAUAUGUUCACUCCAUUUUUUUUAAUUUUAUUAUAUGUUUUUUUCGACUGUACAACUUACGUGUUUUAAGAAGAAAUAUAUUUAUUGUAUAAAAAAUACGAAAAAUAAAUCGAAACAUAUAUUUUAUUACACCAUAA